AUGUUACCGCUUUCGCGGCUUCUUACACGGCGUGCAGCCUUGUUUUCGCUUGUCGCAUCAACCGUCGCACAAUCGCCAACUUCUUUAACCGAUUCUACCACUCAUUCCACGGAGGCUAGACAAAUCGCCGACCCGAUCCUCGACCCCAUUCUCGAAACCAUUGGAUCAACUCUCCAGGGGGAUGGAUUGAUUGACAGUACACUUGGUGCUAUCGGCGGAAUACUGGGCGGCGAGCAAACCUUCGACUAUGUCGUCGUUGGAGGCGGAACUGCAGGUGCAGGCGUUGGCGUGCGACUAGCUGAGGCAGGGUUCAGCGUUGCUAUAAUUGAGGCUGGCGGCUUUUACGAGAUCGAGAAGCCGGUCUUUGGCACCACACCAGCAGGAUCCUUCUUUGGAAUUGGAUCGAGCCUUCUCGACACUGUACCGACGACAGACUGGGGUUUCGCCACGGAGCCACAGCCGCACCUGAACAAUCGCCAAAUUCACUAUGCCCGCGGUAAAUGCUUGGGAGGGAGCAGUGCCUUGAACUUCAUGGUUUACCACCGCGGGACCACGGCAAGCUAUCAGAUGUGGGCGGAUGCUGUUGGUGACCAGAGCUAUACUCUAGGAAACCUUACCCCAUUCUUCAACCAAGCAGUGAGCUUCACAGCCCCUGGAGAGCGGUCGCUUGACAAUGUCACGACCGCUUACGAUGCAUCGAGCUUUUCAAAUAGCGGUGGACCUGUGCAGGUGGGCUACGGAUACUGGGUUUCGAUCUGGGCAUCAUACCUCAAGAAGGCCUUCGAGGUUCUCGGUAUUCAGGAGAACACAGACUUCAACAACGGAAAGUUGCUUGGAUACCAAUAUUCGCAGAGUACCAUUCGGUCCAGCGAUCAGACUCGAAGCUCGUCGGUUGCUUACAUACACGCCGUACAGGCCAAUUCCGCGGCCUCAAGCAAUCUCAAAGUGUUUACCCAUACACAAGCGCGGAAAAUACUGUUCGACAAUUCUUCCGCCAGGCCUAAGGCAAGUGGAGUCGAGGUGUCAGCCCUUGUUGGGCUGGCACAGUACACCAUCAAGGCUCGUCGUGAGGUGAUAGUGAGUGCUGGAACGUUGCAGUCUCCUCAACUCCUCAUGCUCUCGGGCAUUGGCCCGACAGACGAGCUUCUGGAGCAUGGUAUCGACCAGAUUGUUUCAGCCCCAGGUGUUGGUCAGAACAUGUGGGAUCACGUUCUGUUUGGUCCUUCAUACUCUGUCAAGUUUCAGACUGUAGGUUCCAUACUCCUCAGACCACUACAAUUGGCCAAUGCGCUUGUUGAGUACAUAACGAGCGCCAAGGGUGCACUUACCUAUGCUGCCGACAUAUUGGGCUGGGAAAAACUUUCGAAGCUGGAAAGAUAUCGCGACACACUUAGUCAAAGCACACUCGAUGCUCUGGAAACCUUCCCCAACGACUGGCCCGAGGUAGAGUACAUCGCUGCCGACGCGUACGCAGGGAACUUUCGUUAUCCCCUGGCGCAACAGCCUCUGAACGGCAAGAAGUAUGUCAGUAUCCUUGGAGCCAUGGUGGCACCGCUGUCGCGAGGCAACAUCACACUCAAAUCAGCAGAUCCACUCGCUGCGCCGGCCAUCAACCCGAACUGGCUGUCUGAUCCAGCCGAUCAGGAGCUCGCUAUCGCCUGGUACCGUAGGAUGCGCGAGAUCUUUGCGACAAAAGACGUCGCAUCACAACUUGAGGAAAUUGGUGUUGAAGCGUACCCAGGGCUCGACUACGACAGCGACGAACAAAUUAUGGCGGUCAUCCGAGACAGCGCAAUCACAGUGUGGCACGCCGCUUCGACCUGCCGAAUGGGCAAGAGUGUACUCAGAGAUGGUGUUCGUGAGCGAGUCGAUGAAAUGGACGUCGUCGACUCUGAGGCCAAGGUUUUUGGGGUAGAUGGGCUUCGUGUUGUGGACGCCAGUAUCUUUCCAUUCCUGCCGCCUGGCCAUCCUCAAAGCACGAUCUAUGCACUAGCAGAGAAGCUCUCCCAGAUCAUUAUUCGGGAUGGUCGCAGUACUACGUCAUGA